GAGUUUUUUUCCGUUUUAACUUUUUUUUAAAAAAAUAUAUUAAAUAAUACCUCAUUCUUGGAAGUUUUUCCCAGAAUGACUCUGACGUAAUCUCGCUAGUCCAAGUAGCGAUUUUUAACCAAAUCUCGCUACUCCAAGUAGCGAGAUCUACUGUUUCGUAAAGGGUUCGUGGUGACGCGUGGCAAUUAUCGUUACUCGAAGUAGCGAGAUUUAAUUGGGGGAAGUAACACUCCGGCAGCCACGUUUCGACGCGUGUAACUGUCUGCGAACCAAAAUUUGACGCGUGGCAAAUCUCGCUACUCCAAGUAGCGAGAUUUUGUUCUGAUAAUUAAUGCUCUGCCAAACCCUUUUGAAUUACCUCCAGCCGGAUGUCGACGCGUGGCAAAUCUCGCUACUCCAAGUAGCGAGAUUUGCUUGAAAAUAACCUCGCCAGUUCUUUCUUCCUCCUUUCUUGCACGAACAGACUGUUGCAGAGCCGAGCAGUGACCGUUGAAGGAAGACAGCCGAGCAGGUGACCGUUGGGGGCUUCAUCACAUUACAAGUUAUAUAAGGAGAUGGGGAUCGAUCCAGGGCCGUCCGAUACUACUGUACUGUCUAUGGCGAUCAGCACCGGUCUAGUCGUGCGUGGACCGAUUCGCAUGCUGACGUCUUAUAUUGCCGAGGGGGCAGUCAGAGCAUACAGGAUAGGAUAGGUGCAGACCCUCGCAUUAUUGAUUGGAUACGUGAGGCAGGUUUUUAUGGGAUAUAUCAGAUUGGCCAUAUCCAGUUGGAUUGGCAUCUUGUGACCGCGUUGGUCGAGCGAUGGAGGCCAGAGACACACACUUUCCACUUGCCGCACGGGGAGGCGACUAUCACAUUACAGGAUGUCGCAGUGUUGUUCGGGCUACCGAUUGAUGGGUUGCCCGUCACUGGUCGUACAGCUGGACCAGUACAGGAUGGAGGCGUCGGUCAGGGGGGAGGACUUCGCCGCAUGUGCGAGAGAUUGUUAAGAGUGGUGCCCCCAGACAGUGAGCUUGUUGGUGCCCGCAUUCGCAUGCGGUUUCUAGAGGGGGAGAUGUUUCGCCAGCUUCCGGCUGAUGCUGAUGAUCAGACUAUAGCGUGUCACGCACGUGCCCACAUGCUGCGAUUGAUAUGUGGGACGCUGUUCUGCGACCUAUCGGGGAGUUACGCUCACUUGAUGUUCCUUCCACUGCUCGCGGAGCGAGCAGAGAUACUCCAUUAUAGUUGGGGUGCUGCGACGUUAGCUUGGCUGUACCGGGAGAUGUGCCGCGCCGCUAACGUGUCGCACUCACAGAUCGGAGGAGCACUCCGCUUAUUGCAGGUUUGGGCGUGGGAGAGAUUCACGUCGUUAGCUCCUACGCGCCGCGGUGUCCGACAUCUUAUUCAGAGGGAUGAGGAUGGACGACCGAUUGACCCAGCUCCACUCGCGUGGAGGUGGAGGGAUCAGUUGUUGGCGCCUAAUGUUGCGUAACACACGUUGCCCUGGUACAGAUUCGAGCUGGACAUGCACCGGGAGCACGAGUUCGUAUGGGCGCCCUAUACGGAUGACAUUGUUGCCGACCUACCACCUGGUUAUGCAGUUGGAUCAGACCUCUGGGUUGCCCGAGUGCCACUCAUAUGUUUUCAUAUUGCCGAGUGGCAUCUCCCAUACCGAGUGAUGCGCCAGUUUGGCUUUCGACAGGGCAUUCCCGGUCGCUUCUGUACCUCAGGGGUGGAUGUACGUGGGGAGGACUUGCACGAGAUUGAUGGUCGCGGUCGGGGGAACACAGAUUGGGCAGCGGAGCACGCCAUGUACGUGAGUAUGUGGGUACAUAGGCGCGACUACAUUGUCGAGGGAGUCCGGGCAGAUGGCCCGAUGCGUCCGGAGGAUCCAUAUUACGCGUGGUACAGGUCAAUCACACGUCGCUUCGUAGAUUGGACUGCGGCGGUCUACAUGAGCCUCGUACGCUUACUCAAACGUGUACCUAAUUUGUUACCGUGAUGAUUAGUAGUUCAAUGUUUUAAACACUAUUUUCGUAUGAUGCAGGCUGAUGUAUUACACCAGGUGGAGUCGCUAUCAUCAGACCCUGUUGUGAGCGAUUUAGCGAGAGUUGGUUUGGAUAUUGUCUACGAGGACGGGUGACGGAUCCUUACCCCACGCCGGACACAGGCUCCACGAGGUGGUCGAGCAGCUCCAGAGUGAGGGGGUCGAGCAGCUACCUCCAGCCGUCCAUCGAGUCCGACCUUCUCACCACCCAUUGUACAUGAGGAGUAUGUGUUUGGGCCGUCCGCUGCUGAUAUUGCGGGACCCUCCAGUAGACCGGCCGAUUAUCGAUCUGACUCUGCCGCGACGCCAUCAAUGUCGUACUUACUAGACGACCCUCUCGAUGCGGAGGAGGUGGACGCACCCGACUUGCCAGCUCGGACUCGUCCAGAGACUACAUACGACAUAGCUCCUCGUCAGCUUCACCUAGAGAGGGAUUCUCCAGUACGUGUGGGCGGAGACGACAGACAUGUAGCCACUCGACGUGACUGGACACCAGACGCGGAGGAGCAGCCAGGUGAGGGCAGACACAGACGGCAGCCACCCCGACACCGGAGACGACCUCCAUGAGGUACCGAGUAGCCGAUAUAUGCCGUUGUGAAUUAGUUCAUAAUUUGAUUUGUACAUCAGAUAUAUGUUUACAGCUUCAUUUGUACAUAAUGUAUUUAUUCAUUAUUCAUUUGGGCAAAAUGUAUUUACUAAUGACUUCAUUUGUACAGCAUCUAUUUGUAUAGAAUAUAUCAUUUCUCCUUUAUUUCAA